UCUACAGAGACCUGUCUCUCGCCAUAUUUGGUCCCACAUGUUCGCGACCUUGCUUACUUUACUAUCUGCAUUGUACAAAGCCAUGGCUGGAAAGACACCCGAACGUAGUUUUAUCAUGGUUAAGCCAGACGGCGUCCAGCGUGGGCUGGUCGGGGAAAUCGUCAAAAGGUUCGAGCAGAGAGGUUACACGCUAAGGGCCAUGAAAAUGAUGCACGCCUCCAAGCCUCAUCUUGAGGAACAUUACAAAGAUCUUAGCUCAAAGGGGUUCUUCAAGGACUUGGUUGCUUACAUGAAUUCCGGGCCAGUGGUCGCUAUGGUGUGGGAAGGCAAGGAUGCGGUUAAGACUGGGCGUAAGAUGCUAGGUGAGACCAACCCCUUAGCAUCGGCACCAGGGACCAUCAGAGGAGAUUUCUGCAUUGAAGUGGGAAGAAACAUCUGCCACGGCAGUGACUCUGUUGAGAGCGCUAACCGCGAGAUCAGUCUUUGGUUCAAGCCGGAAGAGAUAAUCGCCUGGGACCCCUGUAUCAAGGACUGGAUACAAGAGUGAACUCGACCAGACUUUAGCCUAUCUCUCCAGUGUCAGGAUGUUUGGUGGAAAAGGAACGCUUUAGGCCACAAGACUUAAACAAGUGCAAAUAGACUGGAAAUGAUGAAUUGAUGGCGGUGGAUGAUGGACUGUGCAGUGCACGUGUGUCAUUAUCAUCAGUCGGCCAUCUUUUCUUAACUUUUGAAGGCAUAAAACGCCAUUGUCUAUUUAUAUUUUCGAUGUGGUGUCAUAAAAAUCUCAAACUUUUUCAUUUUUCAUCUUUUGACAACAGGGUUAUAAUACUGCGUUUCAAUAUACACAAAUAUACGGGAUGCAUCGAAUUGAAUGCUAGUCAUUCGCCCUUCUGUAAAUAUAAACGCAUUUUAAACCCUUGUUAAAAAGGAACACAAGAUAAUCACUAAUGGUCCAAAAUCACUGGUUCACUUUUCAAUGUCAGCUGGAACGUGAAUAAAAUAGAAUAAUCACACCUGAGAA